GUUGUUUUCAGUUCUCACGAAUGAUAAUCCUUGGCGAAUCGUUCGAUAUUUAGGUUGAAAUCAAGAGCUGCAACUUACUUAACAGAGAGCGAGCACUGCUUGAUACCGAUGGGAAGUCGUGGUUUUGAUAGGAGACGAUCGAAUGACUCGAAAGGAGGGUAAGUAAAGUAAUCGCAAAUUCUUGCUUGAAAUGUCUUCAACUUUCCUAUUUAGGUGCAAAAGUAGGGAACCCUUUUACUUUCUUUCCUUACCUUAUUUGCUUAAAGAAAAGUGGAUGCGUUCUUUUUUCAAAUUAAUUUUCGAUUCGUCCUUGGCUGGUGUCUAAAAUUUUUUCGAAUUCAUAUGUACUCAUCAGAUCUCGUCUUACUUCGGUUUCCAAUAUCACUUAUUCAAACAGAUUCUGUAUACAGUCCCGAUGUUACAAUGACAACCGGAAAGUUUUAUUUUUUCUAUAUCAUAAACCAGGUCAAUUUGAAAACUAGAAGGUUUGUAACUGCAAGUAUCGGUUAGAGUGUUUAUAAUCAACCAUACUCAAGUAUUGUGAUACCGCGCCGGCAAAACACCAAAGUGACAAAUGCAAAUUUUUUUCUAGUCACGACACUGUAUAAUGUAUAAAUUUAAACAGUUUUAAUCAUAACACGUAUAAAUUAUCAAACAAGGGCAAUUUAUUAUAAUCGUGGCGAAUUUCUAUGUCUUAUUGCCUUCAUUAUAUAUAAAUUUUCUUAAUGAAAUAUCAUCUUGGAUAAAUAUUAUUCCUUACUGAACAAACUAGCUUAGUAUGAAUUUUUUUAAACUUUUUUUAAUUAACCUGGUUUGUUAUUUUUAAAACGGGUGUUUGGUUGAUGCUACGAGACACAGUCAUUCAAACCUAAUGUUCCAUUGCAGAGCUUGUCGUGUCACACAAUCGAAAAGGGGGCUUAUUAACAAUUCGACAGUUAAAAACUGUGAUGACGAAUUUCGUUGUCGAUAGGAGUUUACAUAAUAAGCUCAGUUAUGCACGCAUUCUGAUUGGUUCUCACUUAUGAUCUAUUGGAGGACAGACGUAUAGAUGACGUCACCAUUAAAACGUUUUUUAAUUCUUUAUUAUAUAAAACAAAUGCUGCGCAUGGUGUGUCACUUUUUUGUUCUUACCACAUUGUGACGUCCUCUGUGAUCUAUUACUGAACAGACGCACGGCAACUUGUAAGCUAUUUGUUAAACAGACCGCUCUAAGCCACUGUCGAUUUUUUUAUCUCAAUAUCGACGUCAAAGAAAAAGGUUCUCUCAUUGCGUGACCAUUGCGUGACACGUUGACUCGAGCGGCGUGGUCUGUACUCUUAAUGCCAAUGGCAAUUGGCAAUCAGAUUGGGACAUUAAUGCCAAUUGUGGUAAAACUAUUCUUAUGUUUGACAGAUCAGCUUACAACCGCCUCAAGAAACAAAAUAAAGAGGUAGUGGAGAGUGAAUUAGUUGAGGUGCAAAGCGAUUUGAAAGGCCAUGUAAUUGGUAAGGGAGGCUGUAACAUUAGAGAGAUCAUGGCGAAAUCUGGAGCAAAGAUCAGCUCGAGGAGAGAUGAGGACAGCUUCUUAAUAAGGGGCAAUACUGAGCAACGAGCACGUGCAAAGAGUCUUAUUUUAGAGAAGGUGGUAAGUUUCUACUGAUAAAAAGACAAAAUCACUUUCAUUGAAUGAGAAGGCGCUAACACUGGGGUUAAAAAAUUUCGAGCCAAGUUUACCAAAUUUUAAGAGCUUUAUUUCCUUCAGGCUUAUUUUUGCUGAUCUUGUCCAAAACUGAUUGAGAUUCGUAUUCUAAGUUAAAUCAGUUUCGUUCAUUAUAAUAGCAAGAAAUACAGCGUAAGAGAAACGACGCACGUUCCCUUGGUGAACAUGUGGAGAUUCCUCAAGUUUACAAAGGCUUGGUAAUGGGUAAAGGAGGCGAUAAUCUCCGUGACAUCAGCACUCAAACUGGUGCAAAAGUCAUAAGGAAAGACGGUGAAGUAUAUAUAGCUGGUGGGACUGAACAGCAACGACAACAGGCCAAACUGCACAUUAGCACUAUCAUCGUAAGUUCAUUCCUUCACAGAAUAUUAAUUAAAAGCAAAAAUAUUCCUUUGUAAAUCUCUUUUGAGAACUGAAAUGAUGAUAAGGGUCGAUCUUGUGCUUUCGUGAACAUUAUCAUUAUCAUGAUGGGCGUUCCCAUUUCCAUUGCAAUCGUUUUGAUUAUGGUCAGUGUCAUGAUGGGUAUCGCUGUUCAUCAAGGUGGGCUCAAUAAUGGGGAUAUGUUUCAAGUGCAUUUUGUUGAAACACAUAGCAGAGAAAAAUGAUGCGUGAAAAACACACCAGGAAAACAGGUUUUGGGAACAAAUGAAAAAGACAUAAGGGCGGGGGUACAAUCACAGAGCACGAAUUCUGCAAAAAAAAUUGUAGUGGGGGAGGGGGAGUUUUAAAGGACAAGUUCCUAGGAAUUGUCUCCUAGAAAUUUGUCCUCCGAGACACGUCGCACAGAGUUCAAAUUCUUGAACUUGAUAAGAGAAAACUUUGUGAAGACAACCACGGAAGUCGUUUGCACGCUUGUGCCAAUUUUUUUUUUUUCACAAUGAAAUUAGCUUUUCGGAAAGUCGACCUUCCGUAAAGGAAUUGAGGGAAUGAAAAUUAGAAAUGUAGAGUUCCCGAAUCGGGAGGCGACGGUACAGUGACUCCCAUGUUUUCGGAGAAUCAGCCAACUGGUCAGUUCUUUCCUUUAGUCUCAACUGGAGUCUUCCUUCAUCUUCAUGCAUCAAAUUGAUCAAAGCAUUAUUGUAGUCUUUCACUUCUGAAACUCUUGAAAAUAAUUAAUUGUUCACACAGGGCAGGUCUGCUUGAGUAAACACCUUUAAAACAGGCAUUAUAUAUUAUUCGGUUUUUUGUUAUGUUUUUCUUUUUUUUAUUGAUGUGCAAAUACUUUGCAUGCACUUAGAAAUAUUUCACCUCUAGGAGCAAGAUGAUCAAGGAACGUACCGCACAUUCAAGUUCGACUGAUAAAAGAAUGCACAAUAUGGAGAAUACUUGAGAAAAUAAAAAGACGCCUGUUUUAGAAAAUCACAAGGUGUCCGGUAUAGCUUUGAACACUGCGAAUAAUGCUCUACUACUUUUAAUUUGCUGAUUUUAAAACAGCUUAUGCAAUAAUAAAAUUCGUUGUUUUUCAAGGCUGGAGCAAGACUAAGGGGAGUGGAAAACGAAUUCAACAAAGUAUGUCGUUUCAUUGAUGGCUGUAAUCUGCCAGGUGAUUGUAAGUUGAAGCUAGAGCAAGUUUCUGAGGGAGAUCGUAUGGUUCUUCCAGGACUGCAAAGUCAGUGUCGACUGAAACCUACUGAGGACUAUGAACAUCAGGUUUGUUCAUAACAGUUAAUAUUAAAAGCGAUGUAGUUUAGGAACGUGCUAAGACAGUUAGCUAUGAAUACAUUAUCAAAAAAUUUUCCGUAAUAAACUCAGAUAGUGUUUCAUAUGGCCUAACAAUUCCUUCUUCCUCCUUUCUUCUUUUAGCCCACUUCUCGAGGGCUGUACGGCUUUCACUCUUUGGCCCUGCUCACGCUAUCACAAACGGCCAAUCAUAAGGGGAUUUUUGUUAUGUGAUAAAUGAAACUUUUUAUUCACCAGAGUCUAAGACUAUCAAAAAUAUUUUUACGACCAACUUAGACUUUCAUUUGCCCGUCGAUGCCGCAGAUUUUUUAACUGUACUCUGCAGAUACACAAGUGCAGCACAAGAAAAUAAUUUUUCCAGGCUAAAACUACAUGUACGUCUAGUUUCAUUAACGAUGAAAAUGUUUCGGAAUUGUCGCAUACCCUUUUUAGUGAAAAACUGGUUGUUAACGCAUAUUUAAUGCAUUUUGCAACGUCAAACAGAAUUUGAAAUUGAAAAUUGAUCUAAUUUAGGAACCAAAUAGUUCUACCGAUGGUUAUCACUCGCAAAUUAUGGAUGCCGCAUUAAAGGCACUACGUCAAAUAAAGUAUGAAACCGAACAGCAACCGAAGGCUGACAUGUGGUGUCACUUGGGAAAGGCUAUCAUCCGGGGAGCCGAUGAAGGUAAUUUCAGCCAUACCCGUUCUACUUCUUCUGUUAGCUUAUUGCAAAAACUCUUAUUUUCAGGGACAGACGAGAAACUGUAAAAUUCCAAAAUAGUUUUUAUCUGCGUAAACGACUUUAAUACAAAAAGUUAGAAAAACUUGAUUUACACUCGUUUUGUUCUUUGUUAAGGACGAGCUCUUGCUGAUAAAGAACAGGAAAAGAACUUAUACGACGAUUGUUUGCAAAUGAAUUAAGGAUUAAUUAGAUAUAGUGCAUCAGGCCUGACGUUUAUCACUGAAUCUUGUUAUAUGAAGAGGAGUUGACCAUAAAUAUCCGAUGCAUCACUAACAAAAAAAAGUGAUGAGAACAAAAAUGUAUUCUGCCUAUUUUUUUUUUUUUUUUUUUCUGGUAGAGGAAGUGACUGAAGGGGAAUGGAGUAUUGAUGAGGUUACAGCAAAGCUUCAAUCUUCAGAAGCAGAAAACUAUUGGAAAGUGGCCUUCAAAGAAGGUGUGAAUCUCGAUGAGAAAAUCCUGGAGGGUAAUUUGUGCGAAACGACGACUGAGGAUUUCAAAGUGAGAUAUGAUUUAACAUAUUCGACGCCAUGUGGGCACCAAGUGCGAUGCAAGGUACGGCGACAUCAUGGUUAGAAAUGGUGAUCCACACAAUAUAAAAUAGAUCAAUACACCAGCUGAUAAACCUAACAGAUAGCAGCAUAGCUUUAUUAAAAAUCCAUUGCAACCACAAGGUUGGAUUAUGGACUGUACAAAUCUUUAAUUAAUACUAAAUACAAAAAAGAAUAAAAAACUAAAUAAAAAAGGGCUAAAAAUACUACAUAUGUACAUUAAAACUCAUGAACGGAAGAGAAAAAAUACUAUUGAUAUAUAUCAUUAUAUAUAUUGUACAUAGUGAAAUUUAAGAAAUAGCCGCAUUAUAUAUGUUAAAGCCAUUAGGAAAAAGCCGCGUUGUACAUGAUAAAACUAUUCUUCAGUCUAUUUUUUCUGCAAAAAGGUACGUUAAAAAGCGCGCUUUCUCCUUAAGGUUACGGUACUAAGAUUACAUGACGGAAAAAGGCCAUGUAAUUUGUGGCAGGUGUUGUCUUUGAUCUCACUGAAUAGGCGCUCCGUCAGCAAUUGGCGCCGUUUGUAGAGGGUGGCAAUAUUGCACUUUUUAAGAGCUUCUUGAUAGCUUAAAACUGGGAGUUGGCAAAGCUUUGGGAAAAAAGACUCGGUUAAAAAACCUCCAAGAAUGAUAUAUAGAGCGAUAUACAAUGAUAUCCAGUCCCCUACAUUAAGAUAUAUAGUUAAACAGCUCUUAAGUUUUUCUAACAAGCUAAUUAACAGGAAAAUAACGAAUCUCACGCAAAAACAGAUUCUUGCAUUGCAUUAAAAUAAGUGUUUCUAAGGGGAUCAUAUUCAACAACCGAUCGUGUCUUGUAUAAUCUUUGAUAUAUAGGUGUGGGUGGCAAAGGCGGAUAUAAAUAAGAAGUUGGAGGAUAUUUCAAUCCCUUUCAGCGACGUGAAGAAUAUUCUCGAGACAAUUCACUUUGAGGACGAGGUGACACGGUCGAGAUGCCAAGGAUGGCUGGUUCUUCCAUCUCGAAGAUAUUUACAAGCCGAUAUUUUGUUUCCCAGUUGUGAAUUUGAUUGCAGGUUAACCAUUCGAGGGCGAACAGGUGGGUGUGAAACGCUUAUAAUUUGGUAUCGCACUGACCUUUGAAAUAUUAUUGAUUUUAUUUCAUUGCUAUUCUAAGAAUAUACACUAUCAAAACUCUGUGCGAGUUUGGUGCCAGCAAAGGGAACUAGGAAACGAAGAAUUCGAUAAAAGAUUUGAUAAUAAGAAAACUUGUCAAGAGGAUAUGCGUUACAAUCCUCCUCAGGUUUUCUUGAAACACCCCAUUCCUCUCUGUGUUAUAUAUUCGCGAGCGCUGCAAGUUUCUUAUGGCCAACGUAAAAAGGGGGUAGAUAAGAUCUAAAGCAGGUUUGUUACGAGAAUUAAAAAAAAUUGUCUGAAUAUUAGUCGUUUGGCUAUUUUGUACCAUCAUGCUCCACGCUGUACUAUGUAACAAGAAAAUAUGACACAUUGUGAGGCUAGUCUUCUCAUUGCUGUAAUAUACGAUAAACACACUGCUGUAAGCUUGGAAAGAAAAGGUCAUUGUUACUGAGUAAUACGUCAGUUUGGAAAUCUGAAACAUACCGGCACAAACUCACGUCAACGGAACAAAUUACAGAUUCACUCCACCAAAUGAAAAAUAGGCUUAAAUUGAUUUAAAUUUAAAGCGCUGGCGCACCAUGUUAAGGAUGUCCCACUUAUUAAGAUGUAAGAAAAGUAUAUACAAAUAUAAAGAUAAAAGUUCCAAUUAUCCUUGAUAAAAUUUAAAACGCUCCUUUUUAAGGCUGUAAUACUGUUUGCUUCUCGAAUAUUACUAGGUGAACUCUUCCAUUAUUAAUGAUUCGAUUGAAAAAGCUAUAUUUAAAACCAUUAGUUCCACUAAAACUCGGGCGAGGUGAGGUGUGCCAUUUUUCCUCAAGUUAUAAUUUAUAUUUAUGUCCUUACAAAAUAGAAGCUUGUUUUAAAUAUCUAAACAUAAUGUCCGCUAAUCGAACAAAAAUGUAACAUUUCUCAAUAAUUCUGUAGAUCGUGCGGUCAACGCAGACUAUGCACCAGAUGAAGAAACAAGACUUAUCCUGUCAAAGUAUCUCUCUGGACUCACCUUCGAUGAUGAAGAUGAUUUCGGACUCCGCCUUCCAGAAGAAACCAUACCCGAGGGAUUUCACUUGAUCCAUAAACGCUCCUCCAAACGAACUUUGUACACCGCCAAUGAGGGAUACGCGAUCAUUCUUUCCAAAGAAAGCUCGUGGCGAAGUGACAUCCUAAACGAAGACUCCAGAGAAUCGGUAGGGACAGUUCCAUCGGGCCAAGCCGGUCAAAAUGAUGUUUUCGUUAAUAUUAAUAUUCUACAACAUGGCCUAAAAUUUUUUAUGAUUACUCGUGGACACUAUACAAAUAGGUGGGCUUACCUUGUUUAAAGUAGAGUAGGUACUGCAUAUCAUGUAAACGUCACUCAACUUUUGUUUCUGCGUUUCUUUUGGAUUUAACAACAUUUUUUCUCGUGGAACUCCAGCUAUGAUUUGAUCACCGAGUGUUGGUAUUUGCGAAGGAUCCUUCCUUCCGUCUAAGCUUCCAUUUAUCAUGUCAUACAAAGUUAUUCAUGUACGUAUUUUAAAACAGUUCUCCAUAUGCCACCAGCAAAUUUUUUAUUCUUAUUUCACAUUUACUUAGAGUAAACACAUGGUUUCAAAUGUAAUUUGGGAUGGAUGAGCGCGAACAAAUGUUUUCAAAGUCUAGCAUAAUUGCACGAGCCUGUGACGCCGUUUAGAGGUCGUGUUCGUUUGGCUCUUUAUGAGUGCCUUUGUUUAUCAACCAUCAAAAUUCUCUGUUUUUCACUUUUUUGGCACGGAAUAACCCUUUCUCUCCACUAAAUUUUAUUAUUUCUGCAUCGGAAUUCUCAUCGACACGUUUUUUUGAUGUACAUUAUAGAUGAGGAAACGAUAUAACGAAAAACUCUGCGAGAGCGAAACCGAAGGAAACUGUGUAUGAUUUGCUGGAAGCGUAGGACGAAAGCAGCCAAAAAAGCAAUAGAAAAGCUUGAAUUAGAUAACGACUAUUUUUCUACUCAUAGAAAAUUGUUUAUUUACACGUCAUUGUUUGUAUUCGUUUGUAGACUGAUCUUCAUUUGCACUGUAAAGAGUGGGAUGAGGCACUUUGCACCAAGGACUGGGAGCCAGAUGCCAUUGUUGCAAAACUUCCAGAGUUCUUGAAGUUUUUGAAACAAGUUCAAAGUUUUGUUGCACAAGAAAUGGCAGAGUGAAAUUUUCUUAAAGGAAUAUAGUUUUUGUAUUAUAUUUUUGUGAAAGAUUUUAAAUGUUUCUGAAAUUUUUGUGAUAUGUUGGAAACAUCGUUCACAAAUUUCGUUAAUAUCAAGUCCAGCCCUUCUCGGAAAAAUUCAAUUUUAAACCGUCAAUUUCAAACUACUGGUGGUAAGUUUUUCAGUAUGCAGGCAUUCUUGAUGGGCGGCCCCAACUCUUCUGACCACUGAUUAGAUUUUUUUUAGUUCGAAAAGCUGACUCAGAAUUUACACCUAUUUAUUCUGUUUUCAGCCCGGUACUUCCGACAACGCCUGUUUUGGUAAUAUCCAGAACGCUUGUCGUAAUCUAAGGCUUAAACUAAGCAAAUACCCAGAUAAUACGUUUGCCAUAAAAAAAAAGUGGUGAUGACCAUGCAAGAUCUGGCUCUCGCAAGCUGAAAGUUUUUUUUAGGAACAGCUUACAAUCAGAAACGUUUUCUUCGUGGGAUGUUGACUCUUCAGGGAUAAUUCAAAAGACUUCUUAAUAUCGUAUUCAACGUAUUCGAGGAGACCGCAACCUGUUGCCUAAAAGAGGUACAGUUCAAGGCCUUGUCAGUUUCAAGCGGGCAACCUUUUGCUCCACCAAAUAUUCUUGACAUCGACUGACAUAAGAAUUUUUGACGAGCAAAGUCAAGAGUUAGGUAGAAGUGGGUAGGAUAUCUAGAUAUUCAGGAAACAACUUUUUCUUGGUUACAACCGUUGACGCUGAUAAAAAUAAGGAGAAAACAAGGGACGGCAAAACUGUUCUUAAAAUACCGAAUAAAAAUAAAUUAUUCUCGAUACGUCAAUCAUGGGCUCUUUUACCCGCGGCUUGAUUUCCGGUCGUUAACCAUUAUGACAUGUACAUGUACUUAAGAAAUUAAAAUUACAGUGCGGUUGAUGCUGUCGCUAUCCAAGAGCUAAAAUGCUAAGAAAAUGUAUGUGAACGAUAGCUUAGAACUGUUUUACAAAAGGACAGAAAAUUUCUAAAUUAUCGCACUUUUUCAAGUUUUCUUAGGGCUGGAAAUCGUUGAAUAACACCCUAGUUUAUAUGAUAAACGUGUUUCCUGUCUACCAUGGUUUGUUAAAAGGUUUCAUACGAAUUUAAUUUUAGCAUAGAUAUAGUAUGGUGGAGAAAUACCGAUGAAGAUGCAUUUUUUAAAAAAGAUGACAAUGUGAAUAAAUUCCUGCUACUUCUAUUAGUAUUUAUGAGAUAACAAGGUAAUAUGUUCAUUAUUAUAUGUUAUAAGUUCGUGGCAUGGAAUUUUUUCUUCAAAGGAUCAAAAAUUUUUUGCGAGGGAAAAUGCUUUCAAGCCUAAAGGCUAAAAAUACUGCUUAUUAGCAUGACAACAGAAACGUUAUUAAACGGAGUUGAAUAGUAACGGAGAAUAAAAGAAUGCAAACAGAACAUCCCCUGCC